AUGUUAGUUUCGGUUAGUCUUUAUAAAUGAUUCUCUUUCAACUGAUAUUAUCACUGUGCAUGACUGAUUGUCUCGUUCAAUAAACAAAGUUUCUGUCAUUAGAACUUUCUCACUUGCUUAAUUUGUAUGAUUAUGCAAUUGAACGACAAUUAUUUCAAUUUUUCAACUCUAUAAGACCUUUUCUUGUUGUGUUUACUUUUGAUGAUACAGUUUGACUAUAUGGUUCAAUUUUAGUAUCAAAUUUAAACCCAGUUAAGAUAGUAAAUUGCGAAGGUUGGAUGUGACUGAACCUAAUGGAAAUUUACUCCAAAAACAAUAUAGAAGACCAACAAAAGCUUAAUGGUGAUAGUUAUUUGCACAAAGAUAUCACUACAUUUUCUAGUAAUCAAGAAAGAGUUGACUUAACAAGAACUGAUAAUAUAAUAGAUACAAUGUUUCAAACAGUUGCUGCAGUCCCAGCAGAUAUUCUAAACAAGUUCAGUUUCAUAAACGAUAAAAGUUCAAGUGAAACUGAUGAUUUUUAUGGAUUUGAAACGAGCGAGUACAAACAGUAUGACAUCUCAAAAACUACACUCAAGAGGCUUAUAGAACAAGAAGAAGCUGAUAUUUUUCAAAUUUCUAAAAGACGUAAAACCACAACUUUGUGGAAAGGUCUUAAAAAUGCUGAUAGUUUCAGUGAAGAAAUCGAUGAAAAUAUUUCCGAGCCUGGAAGUCCAAAAACUGUUCCAGAGGCUAAUUUUAGCGAUUCAACAGCAAAUGAUUUUUCAAGUAAAAGUGAAAAAUGUAAUAAUACAUCCAUGAAUUCAACUAAAACUAGAACCAAACGCUCAUUUCGUGCUGCAAGUCCAAUUACUACAUCUCGACAAAAAGUCAGUAUUGAUAUUACUAAUCCUUUAUAUAGAGAACCAUUCAAAUAUGGUUGGAAACGAGAAUUAGUUUACCGAGCUGGAUCUAGUGAUAACCAAAGUAAGAGAAUGGCUGAUAUUUAUUAUUAUACUCCAGAAGGUAAAAAAGUUAGAAGUUUCCGGGAAGUUACAGAAACCCUUACAACAAGUGAAUUAACCAUUGAAAAUUUUACAUUUUUCAAAGAACCUCUGGGUGUUAACGAUCCUGCAAAAGAAAUUAUUCGAGAUGCUAAAAAAGGAAAGGAAGCUCAUGUACCAACUAAACCUUAUCAGAAGAUUCCAAAAAAAAGUAUUGAUACUCCACCAAUUCAAAAUGAUACACCCAAAAAAUCGUCUGUAAAAUCAACACCUCCUGUUAUUCCAGUAAAGACACCAUCAAGAAAUGCUAAAGUAGCGUCAAAAUUAAAAGUGAAAAUAUCUUCAAAGAAAGUAACGCCUAGUAAAGAAAGUAAAUCACCUAUGACUUCUACUGAUAAUACUGUAGAUACAAAAGUUGCUCAAACUUCACAAUGGACAAAUGCUUCAAAUAAUAAGGAAAUCGUGGACAAAAAUCAUGCGAUGAAAAGCAAAAAAAUCAUCAAGAUCAAAGAGCAAGAACCAUGUAGUGUACGUUGUUCUUCUAGCAUUGGUUUAAUUCCGACAUUACAAUGCGUAAAAUGCCUGUGCUUAUACCAUCCCAAAUGUAUUCAAAAACUGUCAACCAAUUCUAAGUUUACGUGUAAGAAUUGUCAACUUGUAACCGAUGAGUCUUUUCGAGAAUCUUCAAGUGCAGAAGCUUCUUUACUAUACAAAGAGUUAGGUGAUCGGAAAAAACAGGUUUUGAAAAAAAAAGAAUCAUUGGAAAUGGUCCCGAAAAUUAAAGAGUCACUUAUUUCAUUCGAAAAUUAUAAUGAUUUUAAUAAUGAUAACACCUCACAUGAAAAUAAAUUAUCUAAGGUAUCGACAAGUGAGUUCAAAUGUAAUGAUAAUUUGAACUUGAGACCCAUACAAAAUAUUGCAUCUAUAAAGGGUAAAAAGUUUAUCGUAGUCUCUAACCGUCCUGUUACUUCAUUGCGGUCUUCACCUAUCAAUUUGAAUCGUUAUAGUAAUGAAAUUUCGAAAACAAAUAUAUCAGAUGACGAAGUUCAUUAUUCUUUAAACGGUAAUGUUAAUAGUAUUAACACCGUUGAAAUAAAACCAAAAACAGAUGAAUUAUUAUUGUCUCUUAAUGAAGUUGGACCUUAUACUUUUACGAGUUCUAACUUCGAUUCAAAAAUAAUCAGGAAUACUAAUGUUCUACCAUCUUCGGAUGAAAGAAAAAAAUCUAAUCAAAUUGAAGCAGAUAAUAAACAACAUUUUAUGGUUUCUGUUUGUGCUGGAUAUCAUGCUUUAUCUCGAAUAUUUCAAUAUUUGAAAGUUCAAGAGCUGUUACGCGCAGGAAGAGUAUGCCGAAUGUGGCGAGAUUUAGCUGCUCAUCCAUCAUUAUGGAAAACUGUCAGAAUGAAAAAUAGUCAAGUGACAGAUUGGGAUGGAUUCGCUGAAGCAUUAAAAAGUCGAGGUACUCAAUAUUUAGAUUUACGCAAAAUGCUAAUAGCCGGAGAUGCAGCAGAUUCCGUUUGGCAAAAGUUUGUGAACAUUAUACCCAAAAUUACAAGUCUUUUGAAGUUAGAACUAUGCAGAUGUCCAGCUAUGGUUGUUGAAGAAGUAAUGAAAAAUUGUCCUCAAUUGAAAAUUCUUAAUGCCUUGUCUAUCAAAUGUGAAUUAAUCAAUAUUGAAUGUGUUUCUGAAUUAAAGAAUUGCACUGAACUACGUCUAAAAGGUUUAAAUGCUAUGACUUUGGAUGGAGACUUGAGUUCUUUGGUAAAUUUGACUCAAUUGACACAUUUGAGCCUAACAUCUAUCAAGGAAUUGGGAUCGAAAAAAAUUACAAUGGUGGAAUCAUUAUAUAAUUUGGAAUCCUUAGAACUUGGAGAAUGCUGUGAUUUUCCAUCAGAUUUCGGAACUAGCGUAUUGGUCAAACUUCAAUCACUUAAUAGAUUGCGUUUGGAAAAAGGACAAGGUUCUUGUUGUACUUUUGAUAUUUUGGAAGGUAUUUCACAACUGAAAAAUUUGACUCAACUGGAGUUGGUCAAUUUUGAUGUUAAAAAUGGUUUUGAUAGGCAUCUGGCAAAUUGUAAAAAUAUCAAGAGAUUUUUGAUUAUACCUACUUAUGUAUCUCAAUCUGCUACUUCAAACAAUAUGAUCUUAAAAGGAGUGACCGAAUUAUCAAAUAAUUUAACUCACUUUGUUUGGGGUGUAACUCAAGAACUCUUGAAGGUCACAGAAUUAUUUGUUGAUCAGUGUAACCAAAUGAGCAAACAUGUUAGCGGUGACUCAAUACCUGUUCUUAAACCAGUUCCGUACAUGAAUUUAAUACAAGAUUUGGUUAAUGAUAAAAAUCAAUUGAAAGAAGAACAGCAGCUUAAUUCAAGUAAUCCUCAAGUAGAAAUAUUGCCAUUGCCACACUUGCAAAAGUUGCUAUUAACGGCUUUGCCAAAAACACGCGUUAAAAUAUUGAAAAUUCCAUUCCACGCUACUUGGAGGCAAAGCAUAACUGAUAGUACGACACAAUAAUUACUCAUAUUUGGAAAAAAAAUCAAACAUGUAUUCAAACAAAUUGAAAUAAAGUAUUUUCAUCAUUUA